UAGUUUCAUUAGUUCCAAUUCCUGUAUUUCCUGCAUUAGUUCGUUCCAUCUUGCUUAACUGAACACAGCCCUGGUGCUACAAAGGUUUUAGUUAAGGGUCCACUGAGCCAUAAGAGCACCAGUAACUAGUAACCAAAGGUUUUAGUUGAAAAAAGAUAAACUUACGUUGAAAUAUAUGUAAUUUCCAAGCAUUUCUGUCAAUUUUUGUCAGAUUUUUAUUCAGUAUGGAUGCACAAACAGUCAAUACUCGAAGAAAAAUAUUAAAUCAAGUAGUUUGCAGUAUUUUAGUGGAGUGUGGAUUUGACACGUGUGAAAAACAAGCGGUAGAAACUCUCACUGAAAUGUUACAAUCAUUUCUUGUAGAAACUGGGGCUUCAGCAAGAAAUUACUGUGAACUUUCUGGGAGAACUGAGCCUCUCAUGGCAGAUGUGAUACUAGCAUUGAUCAAUAUGGGUAUGAAACUAGAUAACAUUGAAAAUUAUGCCAAAAGACAAAAUAGGACAAUUUUACCAGCUCUUCAACAACAAACACAAUCAAAGCAAUUGAAUAUCUUGCAAGCUGGUGUUAAGCAAGGUCAUCCAUCUCAUAUACCGAGUUAUUUACCUCCUUUUCCUGACCCACAUGCGUAUAUUAGAACUCCUACACAUAAACAGCCAGUAACAGAGUAUGAAGCUAUAAGAGAAAAGGCAGCGACACAAAAACGUGAUAUAGAAAGAGCUUUAACAAGGUUUAUUGCUAAAACAGGAGAAACACAUAGUUUAUUUCUCACAGAAGACAACAGCAUGUUUCCCUUAAUAGCUUGCAAACCAAAAUUUCCAAGUUAUAUCUCUGCUCUUUUACCACAAGAUCAAAUAUUUGAGCCAGACCCUGAUUUUCAAUUUGAAUCAAACACAGUAAAAAAGAAAAAAGACCAACAAAGUGAGGAGACAGAAGAAAACAAUCAAACACAAAAUGAAAAUAUAGAGCAAAAUGGUGAACCUACUACUCAGCAAGAUAUUAUAGAUAAUCCGUAUUUAAGACCUGGAAAAAUUCCUAAAAACAAAAUAUCAGGUACAACAGUAGCUGGACAGCUUUCUGUCAAAAGAGAACUCGAAUCUUGAGAAAUAUUGUGUAAUAUAUUGUAUAAAUAAAUUUGUAUUUAUAUAUACAUUUAUAUAUAUUUAUAUAUACUUGCUGUGCGCGGCAUCUGCAAAUGAUGAGCAGUUCUUAUAGCAAACGUUGUCCGAAGCGAAAGGAUUAAAUUAUAUUUUAUAUUCCAAACGUGAAAUAUAAAAAGUUAAAAUAAUAAAAUCUGCUGUUUUAUUAAGUGUAAAUAUUUUUAUUGUAAAAAUGUGAUAUUAUACAUAAAAGUAUUCCGAAAUACAUUAUCUGUCUGAAAAUUAAAAUAGGUGUCAAUAUUUUAUUAUUAUUAAGUUUUUACAUUGAUUGCACUGCAUGUUAUGUUAGAAAAUCACUAUAUGGGGUUAGAACAUUCUUUGCACUCAUUAGCAACAUUUGAAAAAAACCCGAAAAUUUGAGAAAUUUCAAUUGUCACAUCGUAAUAUAUUUUGGCUUGUAAUUUUAAUAUAAUUUCUACAUGGCAACCAUCUAAAUUUAAAAUCUGUUAUUCUUGAAAUAACAACUAUUUAGCUGGAAAAUCUGGUUCUUGUUUUAAAACCAUCUCGGAAAUUUUUUUCGUAAGGAAUCGAGUCAAAUGAGAUGCAAUUUAGAUUUUAAACUUAGAUGAUUCCAUUAUACAAAUAAUUAUUUAAGGAUUCUCAAUAUCUGAACGUCAAGUCUAAUUUAACAGUAACGACGUUGGUCGCCACAAGAACUAAGAGACAUAGAAAACACGAGAUCUUUCAUAUUGCUUACGUUUUUGCUCUUAGAAUAUGAUAGAUAUAUAUGUUGUUUAAAAAAAAGGAAAUAACAAAUAAAUAAAAUAAAGUGAAAAAAGUAUAAACAAUACAAACAGAUUCACAUCUGCACGUCACAAGACGGCCAAAAAUGGCUUGAAAAUAUGAAACAGUAUCGUGCAUUUUAUAUAAAAAUAAUAGUGUUUAACGACAAAUCAAGAAUCAAAAGGUUCUCAACAAAGCACAUCUAUAUAAAAUAUACUAGACACUUUGCUUGGAAUGUGAUUUAGUGUAAGAAACUCAAAAUCAAGGUAUGAUUCGGCAGUUGUCAAAAAUGUUUAUUGUGUAGUCUUGAUUUUGUUGAGCCGCAAGAAAAGCUUUUGACAUAUUUUACGAAUGUGCUUUAGAUUCUAUGUGCGUUAUACAGAAAUAAUCUUUUAUUUUUACACAAAGUGCACGAAACUCGCGUAUUUUUCUUCUGACGUUAUCAAUUUAACGUGGCCGCAAAAGUAUCGCGAAGAAUCUUAAUAUAGUUGGCAUCUUCAUCAAAUAGUUUUUUAUGCUCAUUUUGUAAAAAUAUAACAUCUUUUAUAAUAAUAUUCUAUACAACAAAGAUAAAAAUUUUAUUUAUGUUUUACUAAAUAGAUGUGUAAAUAUGGCUUUUACAGGUUUUAAUAUAUAUUUUAUCAAAACCUAUGUGUAUAUAUUAUACAUAUAUGUAUGUGUGUAUGUGUAUAUGUAUAU